AAUUUGUCGCAGGUGCAUGUUUGCACAAAGCUGUUGUUGCAGACUUGCCGACUUGAAGUUGAGCACAGUCACCGAGCCUAGAUCUUGGACGGACUGCCGGAGUAAUUGCAUCGAAAUGAAGAAUACGAACAGAUGAGCUGAGAUGGAUCGGACAGCGAGACCAGGAAAAGCAGCGAGGCUGUGGCUUCAUCUCGUCGGAUGUUUUCUUCUUUCUGGGCCGAUGUUCGUCGUUUGUCGUACCGAUACUUCUGUCAUUGUUGCGCAACCAUUUGUUGCAAGACGACAGGGACAAGUGUCAGGCCUCAUCAAACCAGAGGCUCUGCGGAUGACAUUCAACGUCGUGCCCGCUCGAAAGACAUAUCGUCAAUUGGUCACCCGGUUCAAGGUCGAUCGUGAGAGUCUCGACAGUGUCUCAUGAGGCUUACUCUGCCAACUGUACCGUUGAAGAGAAAGUGGCUGUG